UUGGGUGGUUAACCGAUGACCACAUGUCUACCAUGAAAACACCUACACGAAAGCAUUAAUUAAUUCUACCUGAAAAAAAAAGAUUAAUCCAAAAUGGGAAUUAAUCAAGGAGGAUCUGCAAUAAUUACGGAGAAGAAUUAAUUCGCGUCGAGUUAAUUGAUCGAUGCAUGCCGCCGGGUUGAUUGAUCCAUCGAACAGCUAGCGAGGCGAUGGAGCGCGCCGCGACGAGCUCGCCGACGGCGGAGUAGGCGACGGCGCGCGCGCGUCUUGCCGUGAUCGGCGGCCGCCGGCGAGCGGUUUCGCAAAUGGAUGGUUUGCAUUUGCAUGGAUCGAUGGCGGUGCUCCGGGCGGCCGGGAGGUGCCUCCUGCCGCUCGUCAUCCCGGCGUCCUGCGUCCUGUGGGUGCUCUUCUUCUUCCCCUCGCCGUCGCCGGAGCUCGCCGUCCGCCGCGAGAGCUUCCAGCCGACCGUUACGUUGCCGGUGCAAGUGCGGCGCGACGUUGGCAUGUCGCCGCCGCCGCCGCCGCCGCCGCUGCCGGAGCGUGGGGAGAUCGUUCACGCGUCACCUCCGCCGCCGCCGGCGCGUCAAGAACAUCCGGCGAGGAGGGCCGACCGGUGCGCCGGUCGGUACGUCUACGUCCACGAGCUGCCGAGCCGGUUCAACUCCGACCUGCUCCGCGACUGCCGGUCGCUGUCGGAGUGGACGGACAUGUGCCGGCACGUCGCCAACGCUGGCAUCGGCCCGCGGCUGACGCGCACCGGCGGCGUGCUCCCGGCCACCGGCUGGUACGACACCAACCAGUUCACCCUGGAGGUCAUCUUCCACGCCAGGAUGAAGCGCUACGGCUGCCUGACCGCCGACGUGUCCCGCGCCGCCGCCGUCUACGUGCCCUACUACGCAGGGCUCGACGUCGGCCGCUACCUGUGGGGGUUCAGCAACGGCGUCCGCGACGCUCUCGCCGAGGACCUCGCCGAGUGGCUCCGGUCGACGCCGGCGUGGGCGGCGCACGGCGGGCGCGACCACUUCCUCGUCGGCGGCCGGAUCGCGUGGGACUUCCGGCGCGAGGACGGCGGCGAGGGGAGCCAGUGGGGAAGCCGCCUGCUCCUCCUCCCGGAGGCGACCAACAUGACGGCGCUCGUCAUCGAGGCGAGCCCGUGGCACGCCGCCACCGACGUCGGCGUGCCGUACCCGACCUACUUCCACCCGUGGCGCGCCGCCGACGUGUCCGCGUGGCAGCGCGACGUGCGCCGCGCGCGGCGUCCGUGGCUGUUCGCGUUCGCCGGCGGCGGGCGCCGCCGCGGCGACGACCACCACCACGGCGGCGGCGGCGUCGUCCGCGACCGCAUCAUCCGCCAGUGCGCGCGCUCCCGGCGGUGCGGGCUCCUCCGGUGCGGCGCCCACGGCCGGCGCGACGACUGCUACGACCCAGGCAACGUCAUGCGGCUGUUCAAGAGCGCCGCCUUCUGCCUCCAGCCGCGGGGGGACUCGUACACGCGGCGGUCGGUGUUCGACGCGAUCCUCGCCGGCUGCGUGCCGGUCUUCUUCCACCCGGGCUCCGCCUACACGCAGUACCGGUGGCACCUGCCGCGCGACCACACCGCCUACUCGGUGUUCGUCCCGGAGGACGGCGUGCGCAACGGCACGGUGAGGCUGGAGGACGUGCUCCGGCGGAUCAGCGCGGCGAAGGUGGCGGCCAUGCGGGAGCAGGUGAUCAGGAUGAUCCCCACCGUCGUGUACAGGGACCCCAGGGGGCCGUCGUCCGGCGUGCCCAGGGACGCCGUGGACGUCGCCGUCGAUGGCAUGAUCGAGAGGAUCAGGAGGAUCAAGCGAGGGCUCCCUCCCGGAGGCGAAGACGACGGCGGCGAGCAUCGGUGGGACACCUACUUCGACAAGCAGUGAUGUCUUAGCUCAUAUAGUGAUUUUGUAGGGAGAGAGAUGUAUAAAAGGAUGAAUAAAUUUCAAAAAAAAAACUACUUCGACCCAACUUUAAGAAACUAAUACAUAAGAUUUAUAUCAUAAAACUUUUAUAGAUCUGAUACCAAAUUUAUCAUAGAAUUAUUUUAGAUCUUGUAUCUCACAUAUAAUUUUGUGGUGAAGAUAUCAAAGAAAUUUUAGAUAUGCAGCGCUUAUAAAAGUUGUAAAUUAAUGUUUUGUGA